GAUUUCUUUUCUUUUUUUUUUACGCGUGGGGGAGGGGGAUUUGGUGCAUAAAUUGGAGGGCUCAUUGGCUACUGUACCACGCGCUCCUGUGACGGGACUAUACAAUACCAUUCUCCGCUGGGCAGAAAGUGCUCUUGGAAAAGUUUUACUCCUGAAAGUAUGGCCAGAUAUAAGCCCUGGCAGUUUGGUUGCUGUCUCUGUAUUGGUUUAUUGGGUGCUAUAAUAUCCAUUUGUCUCUGCAUAGCCUUCGAUGUAUUUAUCCACCGAGGAUGCUCGGAGGACACCUUCAAGAACGCGGCGGUUUCUGCGGACUCUCAACUUUGCUCAGAGAUUGGCAGAGACAUACUGCUAGAAGGAGGGUCGGCAGUAGAUGGGGCCAUUGCAGCUCUGUUGUGCACCUCACUGGUCAACCCUCAGAGCAUGGGCCUGGGAGGAGGCUCUAUAUUUACUGUUAGGGAUACAUUUGGUAAGGUGAAAACCUUCAGUUCGAGAGAGACUGUCCCACAGUUAUUCAAAGCUGACCUGCUGAAGGGCUGUCCCACAUCUGUCACAUUUAUCACAGGUAGUCAAUGGAUUGGCGUUCCUGGAGAGUUGCGUGGGUAUGAGGUGGUUCACAGACAGUAUGGGAAGCUGCCCUGGGCCAGGCUGUUUGAGCCCACCAUUAGACUGGCCAGAGAGGGAUUCCCUCUGCCGCCCUUCCUGGGACGCCUCCUUAACUUCCCAAUCAUAGAAAACCUGGUGAAAGCAACAUCACUCUGUGAGGUGUUCUGCAACAAGAACAAAACGGUGCUGGGCAUGGGGGACAUAUUGAAGUUCCCUAAGCUGGCGGAAACCAUGGAAACCAUUGCAGAACAAGGAGCAGAUGCCUUUUAUACUGGCCAAAUUGGACUUGACUUGAUCCAAGAUGUAAAAGCAGCAGGUGGGACCCUAACCAUGGAGGAUCUGAAGUCAUUCCAAGUCAGAGUGGAAGAUGCCUGGACUGUUCCUCUGGGAGAUUACCAGAUGCACAUCCCUCCACCUCCAGCAGGGGGAGCCAUGCUUGCCUUUAUUCUCAACAUCAUUAAAGGGUUUCAUUUCACCCCCAGGUCCAUGGAGGGGGACCAGAAGGUCCUAACCUAUCACUGCUACAUUGAGGCAGCUAAAUUUGCUAACGGACAGAGGAGACGCGUCCGCGAUCCUGUCUUCAACCCUAAAAAAGAUGCAUCGUAUAUGGUGGACUCAGAUUUUGCUGAUCGGAUCAGGUUAUUGAUCAGUAAAAACCGUACCUAUAACAACUCCUACUACAACAUCACACCUUCCCCUGACCGCUUUGGGACCACACACGUGUCAGUCCUGGCUGAAGAUGGAUCUGCAGUCUCUGUCACAAGCACCAUCAACCAAAUUUUUGGUGCAGCGAUUUACUCUCCUAGAACAGGCAUCAUCCUUAACAAUGAGCUGGCGGACUUCUGUUUUAGAGCAGAGAGAGUCAGUGCAGGUGAACAACCUCCCUCUUCAAUGGCUCCAGCUAUACUGAGCUCCAGCUCUGGAAAGAAUACCCUUGUAAUUGGGGGAUCUGGGGGCAGCAUGAUCACCACCGCCAUGGCCCUGUCAAUCAUGAACCACCUUUGGUUGGGGAUGAGUUUGAAAGAGGCCAUUGCUGCUCCUGUAGUGUUUGUUGACGGCAACAACAACGUGAACUUUGAGCCUGCCUUUGAUAAGUCUGUGAUAGAGGCCCUAAAGUUAAUUGGACACAGAGUGACAGACUACCCAUACUUCUUCAACGUGGUCAAUGCUGUGGCCAAGGAGGACAAAUGCAUCACAGCUGUGUCAGACGGCAGAAAGCAGGGCAAAGCUGCUGGCUACUGACCAAUAGAAAACCAGGACAUUAAGAGGUUCCCGGGACCAGGUGUUCCCUUACUCAGGUCUACAGCCAAAUAGUGGGCCUCAGGACACUGCAGUAGAUCCAAGGGGAUCAUCAUUUUAGUGAGAUGUAUUUUUAUAGUUCAUUUAUCUUUAUAUAUUUAACCAACAGUCCAAGAGCCUUAUUCUAAACCAACAGUCCAAGAGCCUUAAGAAGAAUCAAAUGUGCCUCUUGACAAAAUAGUUUGGGCUUUUUUGGGGGGCCUCUCACUUUGGCACUCAAAUGGAUGGAGUUUCACAUUUUACAAAGUACAUACAGUACAUAUUUGUUCUUGAGGACUUACUGCACAGUACACAUAGAGUAUAGUGAGGUCCUGAAGGAACUGACAUGGGAACAGAAGGUCAGUACUGCCUGUCAGCCUGUGGUAUCAUGGGGCUCUUGCUGUGACCACAAGGACCUGUCAGAUUCAGGCAGAACAUGUAACAACACAAUCCUCCAAGUGAAUUUAUUAGUCCUUCUCUGGAGUGUAGUAGCAAUACUCUGAGACUCACACUUUCAUUAAGAUAAAACAGGCUUUCUGCAGCCCCCUUUCACAGUACAUUGUAAUAGAAUCAACAUCUGAAAUAGCAAGUAAAUCGGUUAGAGGGGCUGAAUGAAUUCUGGUGCGAUAGUGAUAGUGUGCAAUCUUGCAAAAGCUUUAAUGGCACGUAUUACCAAAAUGUGAAAAGUAAUGAGCACUGAUGUUGAUACUGUGAGAGUACUGUGCUAGCUUUUUAUGUAUUUAAUUGACCUCACCAAGGCCUGUUGUCACAAAUGUACAGAUUUAUAUAGGUCCCCUCCAGGUCUAUUAAAACUUCAACUAGUGUUAACUUUCA